AUGGCGGACGAAGAGCAGCCACCGCAGUCUCCACAGCAGCCCGAGGCUGCACUCGCCGAGCUCGACCAGCCUGGCAUCACAGAAGCAUCCGAGCUCGCUAACGAAGAGAGCGAAGCCGACGAUGCCCCGUCAGCACCAGAAGAGGGAGCGGAAGACAUCGACGCCAUCCCACCCACCGAUCCUGAUCAUCUCACAGAAGUCGUUCGUGGCGAAGAUACCGCAGCGGCAGCACGCACAGCAGCGAUCUUCGACGAGGAUGACGACGAAGAUGAGGGUGACAUGCCGAGCUUCCGCAAGCGCGAGGCGCGUGAUGCGAGCAACGCCGACGACCCCGACGCCGCCAUUAUCCGAAAGAAGAAGAAGAAGCGAAUGCACAGUCCUGAUGAGCCCGCCGCAAGACGCGAGGUAGGCGAGGGCGAGAUGGAGCAAGAGGAGGAAGAGGACCCGUAUGCCAACAUGACCGAGGCCGAGGUGCGAAGAGCGAGGACGGACAGGAUGAUCGACGAGGCGCUGAGGGCGGGCAAAAAGAAGGCGCCGCGCAAGAGGGCCGGUGAGGACGAUCUGGAUCUGCUCGCUGACGAAGAGGUCGCUGGUCUGAGACGGGAGAUGGUCGCAGCUGCGGACGACGACGAGGAGGCGAAUCGUCUCAAGAAGCCGGCGACGAACAAGUUGAAGUUGCUGCCCAAGGUGGUUGCUACGUUGCAGAAGAACCACCUGCAGCAGUCGAUCCUGGACAACAAUCUGCUCGAAGGCGUCAAGCGCUGGCUCGAGCCUCUGCCGGACAAAUCGCUGCCCGCGCUCAACAUCCAGCACCAAUUCUUCCAGAUCCUGGAGCGCAUGACCAUCGACACGAUCUCGCUCAAGAUGAGUGGUCUCGGCAAGGUGGUUGUCUUCUACAGCAUGUGUUCGCGCGUCGAGCCCAAGAUCAAGCGUUCUGCCGAGUAUCUCAUUGAGGUGUGGUCGCGCCCGGUGCUCAAGCGCUCCUCGUCGUACCGCGACCGUCACGUCGCCUCGGCAGAAUGGAACCGGGAUCUGCUCUCGCAGCGCGCCAACGUGCCAAUCCAGGGGGUGGUCGAUACCGGCAGACGCAACGUCGGCAUCCCACAGGCUGUCACGUCCGGCUUCAGAGUCGCACCUCAGUCCACCGCAGGUCAGCGCAGCGACUCGAACCACGACGCUAGGAUGGCCAACCACAAGAGGCUCAACCAGUUCAAGAGCCGAUUGAAGGAGGCCAAGCGCUAA